CAGGGAUCGCUUUCUUUAGGGACCGCAGAAAACGGUCACACAACGACUCUAUUAUACUCUACGAGACAGCUCACCCGGUGAUUCAUAAGAUCUAUUGAUUCUUCGUAGUCCCGUUCUCCCACAUACGUCCUCCACAAAUAUGCGAAUAUAAUUUCUACAAUAGAAUAUCAUUUUUUGUUGUUGUCCUUGUUGACACACCUCUCUCGGCAUAAACAACAUGAAAUUAUCGAGCCGGUAAUCUAAAGUUCAACUCGAGUGCUGACUUCAAGUAGUAGGUGCUUCUUUAAUUGUAAUGUGCAAAUGCCACGUAAGUAUUAUACGUGAAAAGACUAUACAUACUGAGAUAUAGUACACUGCAUACGCUAGACAGUAGGAGGUUGACACUAAUUGGAAUUCCAUCUUUAUUCUCACAAGACUUUGCAUAAAUAUGGAAGUAGAAGUGCAUAAUCCCGUUUCGGCUGAAGAGAGUAUUCCUACAGAACAGCCGGACACAGCGCCACCAACGGACGUGACAGGAGGAGUUGAACAAGACACCCCAGAACAGCCCGAUACAGCGCCACCAACUGACGAAACCGAAGGCGUUGAACAAGACACCCCAGAACAGCCCGAUACAGCGCCACCAACUGACGAAACCGAAGGCGUUGAACAAGACAUGGACAGUCCGCCCGCUGAUGACGCAAUAGCUGGUGAAAGCGACUUUCCUCCACCUCCAGAAGACGUAACCUCCCCACCAGAACCCGACCCCAGCGACGAGGUUGACCAUGAAGUCAAUGACGUCACCGACCUUAUAGACAGUGCUGUUGAACCGGAAGUAGAUGACACCGUCGAACCUACUACGACUGAAAACGAGGUCAAUCCGCUAGACGAGGAGAUUCAACCAACUUCUGAAGUCACAGAACAAUCUGAGCUCGAUUCUCCAGAGUUAGCCAACGGAGAAAGCACGCCUCCACCGAUGUAUGACGAAGCAGCUGAGACUGAGAAGUCUUCACCAGUUUAUCAGAACGGCAUGGUCGCUGAUGACCCGGAUGGCAUCACAAGUCUGGACGAUGAAGUUCCCAAUGGUCACGGCAUGAAUGGCGAUCAGGAUCCAAUCAUUAUGAUGUACUCCGAUGACAAGACGUCGUCGACGAAGGCCAGAUUGAUCUGUUUCGUCAUGUGUUUCGUCGUGGUGGCCGUUACGGUUAUUGCUCUUGUCUUCUACGUUGUUGUUUAUUUGGGCAUUGGGGAAAGUUCAGACGGUUCAGGAGACACGAUGACUACAACACCUAGUAUUCCAUGAUCCCGAGCAGAGCAAAACCAGUAUUGGUCCUCGUCAUCACCAUGGGAACAAGGAAUUUUCAGGUUGUAAUAUUGCCAAAAUGGAGUCAUGAACAUUCACCAUUAUACUCAGUGGACAUAUUCUGAUAAAAUCCCGUCAAACGUACGUGUGGUGCCUGAAAAUACUUUAGAGUGAGGACAGAAUUUGAAGUGAAGCGAAGAUAUCCUGAGAACAGUUUUAACUUUAUUUAUUGAAACUUUUUUUGGUCAUAACAAGUUUCCAUUUCUAAUUUUUUUCACCGCCGUUGGUACAAAUGCGUGCAUCAAUGAUGCGAUCAUAAGUAAAGAUUUGUUAUGACAAUUAUUUCACGAACAUUACAAAUAGAAUAAGAAAAAAAAUCUCUAAUGAUACAAUUCAAGACGUACUUGGCUAAAGAGGCUUGGAGUAAUGGACAUCACCCAGACACAACUUGAGAAAACCGAGUACAGAGGAAUACUUGGAAAACUGCGAAUAACGUGCAGUGAAUUGAGAGCCCUCAACGUUCAAUUCAAAACAGUUUGUAUAAAAUACAUGGGGGAAUCCUUUCAAAGUCAACGCAAUGUUGAUGUGGGUAAACUAUUUUAAAACCCCUGAAGAAUUGGUCAUUUAGAAAUAACUUCCAAAUUGCAAACAUAUGAAAUAAACGUGUCCACAGCAGUAAUUCUUAAAACAAAAAUGUAUUUGACUGUAGAUGAUUUCCCAUACAUUUGACAAAUUACUAGACAUGGAACUGUAAGGGCGAUACAUAUAUUGUGUGUUGUUUUCUGUUUCCCAAGUAUUUACUUGUACUGAGUCUUUCCAAAGUUGUUCCUGAAUGGUAAUGGUAAUCGCAAUGGUAAUUUUGGAAGAUUUUUUUUUUUCUCUCUUGAAUAUUUUAAGUUAUGCAAAGAUCAAUAGGCUGAUAUAAUACCAAUGAUUUAAACAUUUUCUCUUGGUAUAUGGAUGGGCUGAGCAGCAUUUCUUGUAAUACGACUCCUGAGAAA